AUGCUGCCGGCGGCGAGAUCGGUGAAGCGGCGCAAGAGGAUCGUCUGCCCCGGCGGAGCCGCGCAGGUGGUCGCCUGCGUCGAUGAAGGCACCUCGGUGGGAUGCUCCGGCUGCCGGCGGAGCCAGGCGGAUUUUGGUUUCCGACUCCUGGGGAAGAUGAUCAAGAGCGGGCGUCGGCUCUACACGCCAUUCUGCAAUAAGCUGAUCAGGGACCUCUGCGCGGAGGAGAAGAUCGUGGAUGCAAGGAACUUGUUCGAUAGAAUGCCGGAGAUGGGAUGCCGCCCCGACGGCAUCACCUACAAUUUUAUGGUCAGGGGACUAUGCAGAGAUUGGCAGACCGACGCCGCUGUCCAGCUGCUUAGGAAGAUGAUGGCGAGGCGAGUUGGACGACGGGGGGAUGUCGUCACCUUCAACGUGGUAAUUGACAGCCUCUGCGGGAAGGGGUCUGUAACUGAUGCUCUCUCACUGAUUUUAGAAAUGAACAUUGCAGGCGUUCCACCGAGUGUCGUCACUUACACAAUACUCAUCAAAGGCCUGUGCAUGAUUGGGAACACCGAAAUGGCCGCCCAGCUGCUCAGGGAAAUGGCAGGACCAGGAAGUUCUUGCACGCCGGAUGUCACCACGUAUAAUACGAUCAUUUAUGGCCUGUGCGAGAAGGGCAAUGUAGAUGAUGGUUUGGCUGUGAUCAGCGAGAUGAGUGCCGCAGGGAUUUCGCCGAAUGUGGUCACAUACACCACCUUGAUCAAUGGUCUGUGCAAGAGGGGGGACACUAGGAUGGCCCUCCAGCUUUUUGAAGAGAUGUCGGCGCAGGACAGUUCAUGUAUGCCCGAUGUUGUCGCCUAUAGCUCCAUAAUCGGCGGGCUAUGUGCUGUGGGAUCUUCAGAUGAUGCUCUGAGGCUCGUUGAUGAAAUGAACGCUGGUGGGAUUCCUCCAAAUAUCAUAACUUAUGGUGUGCUUAUUAGAGGCCUCUCUAGGACAAGGAAGGUCGGGAUGUGUCUCAAGAUAAUGCGAGAUAUGAGUGCGCAGGAUGUACGUCUCAGGCCAAAUGUUGUCAUCUACAGCAUGGUAAUUGAUGGCCUCUGCAAAGAGGGAUCCAUGAAGCACGCCAUGGAAGUAUUUCAAGAAAUGAAUGACGUGGGCGUCUCACCAAACACCAUCACAUACAACGCCCUCAUCAAUGGCUUCUGUAGGUCCGGUAACAUGAGCAUGGCUUUCAAAUUUCUGAGAGAAAUGGAAACUUUGGAAAGUUGCUUCAAACCUGACGUUGUCUCGUACAGCACGGUGAUGAAUGGAUUGUGCAACGAAGGUCUCUUAAAGGAGGCUUUGUGUGUUUUUGAAGAAAUGAAUGCGCAGGGUACAAAUCCAAACGUCAUAAUGUAUCGUACACUUAUCUACAGCCUUUGUAGGAUGGGGAACACAAACACAGCUCUUGCAAUACUGAGGGAGAUGGGGACGCUGGACAGAGAUUGCAAGCCUGAUGUUGUCUUAUAUGGCAUGAUUAUCAAUGACCUCUGUAAAAAGGGGCUUGUUCGUGAUGCUCGUAAAUUGUAUGCAGAAAUGGAUUUUGCAGGAAUUUCUCCGAAUAUUAUCAUAUAUAAUAUGCUUGUCAAGGGCCUCUGCAGGAAGGGAGACAUUGGCAUGGCCCUUGGACUUCUCAGACGGAUGGCAGCGGCUGGUACUUGGUGUAAGCCUAACGUCGUCACAUACACCACAAUGAUUGGCGGGCUUUGCAAGCAGGGAUAUGUAACUGAUGCUCUACGUUUGGUUGGAGAGAUGAAUGCUCAGGGAAUUUCUCCUAAUGCUGUCACAUAUAAUACCCUUGUUAAGGGUUUGUGUAGGAUGGGUGACACAACUUUGGCAUACAGGUUGUUCAGGAAGAUGGAGAUGGAGGGUUGCGAGCCUGAUGUUAUCGCAUACAGCAUGAUAAUCAGCAAUCUAUGCAAAGAAGGAUUUGUGAAUGAUGCCGUGAGGCUUUUUGGUGAAAUAGAAGGGAAGGGUUUCUCGCUUGAUCCGUCCAUUUCAUGCGUGCUGCUGUUUGCCUUAAAAAAAUGGCAUAUGGCCCCACCGAAACAAGAUAGCCAAUCGUAA